AUGAUACGAACUACAGUUUUGAGGAACCCCUUCCGGUGGAGGACUCUGUGCACAAAUUUGUUUCUUCGGUACCAGUCACAUACUACUCGCGGACAACCAAAGGUUGAAAACCGGAAUUCCCAGAUAAAUUUUGAACAUUUUCAAUCGCAUAAUUCAAAUGAAAAAAGAUCAAAAUGGACUUAUAAGCGGCUUUUUCUCGUUGGAGGCACCGCUGGUCUCACUGUUGGAUUGCUAACCUCAGACUCAGUGUACGAAAAUACCAAACAUACCAUUCUCACAGCCAAAAGAGUCGGGGUUGUUGCCGAGGCAACUUUCCGAUGUUUCAGAUUAUACAAAAACACUCUUUCCAAGGAAUACGAUACUCCACAGGACCGCAACAAGGCGCUUGCAAAGACACACAAGGACGCCGCUACCAUAACUUUGCGUGCUCUAGAGAGAAAUGGUGGAAUCUACAUCAAGUUGGGACAACAUAUCACCGCACUCACCUACCUUCUUCCACGAGAAUGGACAGAUACCAUGAUCCCAUUGCAAGACAAAUGCCCUCAGCUGUCUAUGGAGGAAAUCAACAGCAUGUUUUUGCUGGAUCUUGGAGUAUCUGUGAAUGAUCUAUUCAGCGAAUUCAAUCCAGAACCAAUUGGAGUAGCUUCGUUGGCCCAGGUACAUUUAGCCCGACUUCGUGAAACAGGCGAGCAGGUUGCCGUGAAAGUACAACAUCCGUCUCUUGCUGAAUUUGUGCCUCUUGAUGUUUACUUGACCACUCGUGUGUUUGAGCUUAUGCGGAAAGUUUUCCCGGAAUAUCCAUUGACCUGGCUUGGAGAUGAGCUUCGGAACCUGAUUUUCGUAGAGUUGAAUUUCGAGAACGAAGCAGAAAACGCUGAAAGAACAGCCAAUUAUUUCAAGGACUACAAACAGAAAACCGCACUUCGUAUUCCUCGGAUUGUCACCGCACACAAGCGUAUUCUAGUAAUGGAAUGUGUUUCAGGUGCUCGUCUCGACGACUUGAAGUACAUGGAACAGCAUAAAAUCAGCACUGCCGAGGUAUCGUCUUGUCUUUCACAUAUUUUCAGCGACAUGAUUUUCACGCCCAAUGUGGGACUCCACUGUGACCCACAUGGAGGAAAUUUGGCCAUUAGGGCCCUUGAUCACAAGUCAAAUGGCCACAAUUUCGAGAUCAUUUUGUAUGACCAUGGCUUAUACCGCCAGAUUCCAUUGCAAAUGAAGCGAGACUACUCCCAUUUCUGGCUUUCUGUGAUCGACAACAAUGUCGAGGAAAUGAAAAAAUACGCCGACAAGAUUGCUGGAAUCAGAGGAGAUCAGCGGUUCAAGAUUUUUCUCGCUGCUAUAACUGGUCGCGAUCCAGAAACCGCUCUCAGCAACUCUGUGGUUUCCCAAAGGAGCCACGACGAAGUCACUAAUAUCCAGCGUCGAAUCCAGGAAGAAGAUGGAGUACUUGAAGAUUUAAUGGACAUUUUAAGUACCAUGCCUCGAAUUAUACUUUUGAUUCUCAAGACCAAUGACCUCACCAGAGCGCUUGACGAGAACUUGAACAACCCAUUGGGGCCCGAAAGAACCUUUUUGAUCCUCGCCAACUAUUGCGCCCGGUGCGUUUACGACGAGCAGGUUGAAAAUCUCAAAAAAACCUACUCGACAUUUUCAUUAAACUGGAUUAUGGCGUCGGCCAAAUGUUGGUUUCAGUUCCAAAAGAGACGGAGCUCGCUCUGGAUCUACGACUGGGUGAUGCUUUUCCGCAAUUGGACGCUGUAA